AUGGCCAAUGUUUUUCGUCAAUUUUUACUCGAUGCUGAAAAUGGAGAUGUCGAUGGUGUUAAAAGAAAUAUUGAAAAUGGUAUUGAUUUAGAAACACGUGAUGAAGAUCAACAAACUGCACUUAUUUUAUCAGCUCGAUGUAAUCAUCUAGAAUGUGUAAAAGUACUUCUUGAAGCGCAUGCUGAUGUAGAUGCAGAAGAUGUGGAUAAUUGGACAGCAUUAUUAAAUGCAUCACAAAAUGGAAAUUUAGAUAUUGUUCAUAUUCUUGUUGAACAUGAUGCAAAAAUUGAACAUUUUGAUUGUGGACAAUUUACUCCUUUAAUGUGGGCAUCUUAUGAAGGACAUACAAGAAUUGUUGAAUAUUUAUUAAGUUGUGAUGCAAAGGUUGAUGCUGUUGAUGAACAUGGAAUUUCAAGUUUAAGUUGGGCAUCAGGACGAAAUCAUGUUGAUAUUGUAGAAUUAUUACUUAAAGCUGGAGCUUCACCUAGUCUAUGCGAUAAGAAUGAUACAACACCAUUAAUCUGGGCUAGUCGACGUGGUCAUACAGAAAUAGUUGAUCUAUUACUAAAAUAUAAUGCUACUGUUAAUAACAUUGGAAUGAAAAAUAUGACAGCUUUAUUAGCUGCUACAAGAGGUGGUCAUGGAGAUACAGCACUUCGUCUACUUCAAAAUCAAACAAUUGAUAUUAAAGUACAAGAUAAGGAUGGACACACACCAUUGAGUCAUGCAUGUGCUCAAGGUCUUACCGAUGUUGUUGCUGAACUUGUUCGACAUCAUGCCUAUGUUAAUACAGUUGAUAGAAAUGGUGAUCCAGUUCUUUUCUUUGCUGUUAAAGGUGGAAAAGAAGAUUGUGUUGCUAUUCUACUUGAUAAUCAUGCUGAUAUAAAUGCUAUUGGUGCUGAUAAUAAAACAGCUAUUUGGUGGGCAGUUGAACGAGGUCGACUUGAUGUAGUUAAAUAUUUACUUCAAUUUAAUCCGGAUGUUGAAGUUGUUGGUGGUGAAGAUGAUGAUACACCACUUUUAUUAGCUGCUAAACGAAAACGUGUAGCUAUUGUUUAUGAACUUAUUAAAUAUGGUGCUCGAUUAUCAGCUACUGAUCGGUAUGGUGAUAAUAGUUUACAUAUUGCUUUACGUAAUCGUAGUCGAGAUAUUGCUGAUAUUUUACUUUCAAAUCCACGUCAUUCAAAAUAUUUAUAUCGACCUAAUAAACGUGGUGAAACACCAUAUAAAAUUGAUGCUAAUUUACAAAAGAGUAUUUUAACAACUAUUUUUGGACAACGAACAUUAAACUUGAAUGAUGAUUCUAUUCUUGGUUAUGAUCUAUAUUCAUCAGCAUUAGCAGAAAUUUUAAGUGAACCAUCACUUCGAACUCCGAUUACUGUGGGUCUUUAUGCAAAAUGGGGUAGUGGAAAGUCAGCAUUGUUAACACAUUUAAAAGACGAGAUGCAUAGUUUUGCUCAAUUAACAGACUUUCCAACUAUGGAAUUUUCACCAUUACUUCUAUCGGUUAUUAUAAUUGUGGCAUUAGUUAUUGGUCUUAUUAUUGGUUUCUCAAUACAUUAUAUUGUUGGCAUAUCAUUAGGUGUUACUUUGAUUAUGAUUUGUAUAGGAUUUCUUGUUUUUAUUCGAUAUCUUCUUCGUCAUAAAGAUUAUAUAUGGACAGCUAAUGUAGCACAAUAUAUAAAGAAACGUUUAGAAAUUUUACGAUUUUUACUUCAAGUUCUUUUUAUGAAUCCAUAUGUUCAUCAUCGUUCAAAAAAAAAUAAUACAUCAGAUUAUAAAAAAAUGAAAUUUAUUUUUACUGAAUAUGGAAAAGUUUCAACAGUUGAAAGUGAAAAAGCAAGUGCUUCGAUGAUUGCUGAACUAGCAACAAAUGUUGAAGAAACAUUUGGUAUUGUAGCAACACGUCUUUGUCGUGCACUUCAUUCGAAAGAUUUAAGUCGUCAUCGAUUUCGAUAUAUAUGUUGCAUGCCAACAUUCAUUUUUAUUUCUAUUCAAAUUUCUCUUCUACUAGCUUUCGGUAUUCUUGUAUUAAUAUAUGGAGUUCCAUCUAGUUAUCAUUCAGUUAAUAUAACCUAUAUUUCACUAAUUAGUAUAUUAGGUGCUUCGAUAUUACUUAGUUUUGGUACAUGUCUACAAUUAUUAGUUGGAUUAAUGAAAUCACCUAAAUCAAAAAUAAUGAAACUUUCCGAUCAUUCAUCACGUCUUAAUGAAAGUUCGCUUUAUCGACUUAAAAAAGAAGUUAGUCAAUUAUCAUAUAUCAUCAAAUCUGUUGAAGCUUUUCUUAAUAUUAAUACUCGUCUUGUUGUUCUUAUUGAUGGUUUAGAUGUAUGUGAACAACAACGUAUUCUUCAAAUACUCGAUCAAGUACAUGUACUUUUUACAAAAGAAAAUGAUCCAUUUAUUACAUUGAUUGUUUGUGAUCCACAUAAAAUGAUGCAAGAUUUAUCAACAACAUUGGCAAUAUCAUCAACAACUGGUCAAAAUCAAAAUUUUGAUACUAAUGUUAAUGGUCACGAUUAUUUACGUUCGAUUAUUCAACUUCCUAUUUAUUUACAAUUAAAUAUGAGUAAAACAAAACAAUUGAAAAAAGAUGCUGAUGCUUUUCCAAAGAAGAGAUCAAAUACUCUUACUAAUGGUGGAUCAGUUCUUGAUAUAAGAGCAAAUCCAGUAACAACUAAUAAACUUCCAAAGAAUAAACGACGUCGACAACGACGAGAUACAUUAUCUAAUAUUAAACCAGUAACAACAUCCGAAUUAACAAAUCAAUUAUUACAAUCUGAUUAUUUUCUUGAUAUUAAUCCACGAAUUCUUCAACGUCUUAUUAAUAUAAUUGCUAUGACUGGUCGAUUACUUCGUGCUAAUCAAGUUUUAUUUAGUUGGAAACGUCUUGGAUGUUGGUCAUAUUUAGUUGAACAAUGGCCAUAUCGUAUAUCAUGGAUUGUUGUCUAUUAUGAAGAUCAUGAACAAGAAUAUUCAGAUGAUACGGCAUUAAAAGCUCUAUUUGAUAAAAUUAAACCAUUUAUUCCAACAUCAAAUGAUCAUCUUGUAGAACUUGAUCGUAAUGGACGUAAAUUUGAACUUUGUAUAGAUCGUGGUGAACCUAUUUUAAAUAUUUAUGAUUUAAAACAAUUUCUUCUAUGUACAUGUAAUCUUGAUCCAUAUUUAAAUAAACUCAUUCGAGAUUCAGCAGCUUAUUUUUAUAUGAAUAAUUCUGAUGAAAAUGGUUUUAUUAGUGGAGAUACAUCCAGAUUCUUCUCUCAUGAUCCAACAGAUUUUUAUUAUUGUCAUUGUAUGAAAUGUCUUGCUGGGCAUGGUAAUUUCUUUCAACAAGGACCUAUAUCACGGCAUAAAAAUAAAUUUCAUCCAAGAUUUAGUUUUGCUGGACAAGAUGGAAAUCAACGCCGUCCUUCAUUUGAUUUUCCAUUUCAUCGUUUAUAUAAUCAAGUACCAAUAAAAAAACGAGCCGAUGAUGAAGAUAGUCAUCAUCGAACAUCAUCAGUUUCAUCAGCAUCAGCACCUAUUUUAUCAUCAUUGAUUAAUCAAAAACUUUCUGCACCAACUGAUCCUUCUGGAAAUGUCAAAGUAGAUUUAUCACCACCAUUGAGUCAAAUGUCAGUAAAUGAUAUAUGUGAUUGUUUAAAGAAUGAUAUUAUUGGUUUAAAAACAGCAAUGAUACCAAUGUAUAUUCAUGAUAUUAAUGAAUAUAAUAUUAGUGGUCGAGUUUUAGCAACAUGUGAUCUUAGUGAACUUAAAAGAGUUUUUUCAAUGACAUUUGGUGAUUGGGUAUUAUUUAAUAAUUGGAUUGAAACUAAACGUGAAGAAGAACGACGUAGUCAUUUUCGUCAUCAUCAAUCACAACCUUCAUCAAUAAUUAAUACUAAUCAUAAUCAAAAUCUUUCAAAGAAUGAAUCUUUUAAUGAAUAUCAAUUAUAUACUGAAAAUAGUAUACUUGGUGCUGCACUUAAUCGUUUAAUGUCACAAAAUCCAACAAAUAAUUCUAUGGAUGAAACACGUACUGUUCCUAAUGAAAAUUUAUCAAUUGUUUCAGCACCAAAAAAUGUCAAAUUUCUUAUACCACUUGUUCGAUCUGGUAUAACAUCAAAUGAAAGUACAUUUGGUGGUAUGGAAUCAACAACUCGAAAUAUUAGACAUGUUAAAGAUAUAUUUUCAUUAAAUUCUUUAUCACAAUCUCAACAAUUAACAACAAUAAACAAUAAUGGAAAUAUAGUUAAUGUUCCUUCAUCUUUAAAUUUAAUGACGACAUCAUCAUUCUUAGAUGAAGAAGAACAUCAUUCUGAUGAAAAUGAAAUAAUGACGAGUGAUGGUGAUCGUGAAGUUUUAUUUCAAAAUAAGGAUUUCAAUCAAAAAUGA